CGGCAGGACUGUCAUGUCUUUGUUGCCUGUGUAGCACCCCAAGUAUUGAUUAUAGAAGAGCGGGGUAGAUGGAAAAAUAACAGUUAUCUAUACAGAGGAGGCAGAUUUAAACCUUACCCAUAACAGUCAAACCACCCAAAAGAUGGAAGAAAAGAUGAAUGGAUCACUGCCUGUUGUCUCCCCAGAGUAUCUUCAACAGUGGGUUCAGUCUGCCCAGCAGUUCCACGCUCUCCAGGCCCAGUAUUCAGGCUUCAACUCCAACCAUCAGUUUCACUACCCGGAGAGGCAGGCGGGAGAGGAAGCCAUGGCGCACAUGGCUAAUCCAGAUCCCAUGAUGGAUCAACAGGAGCCUGCCAACAUGGCAAAACCCCCAGCCAAGAAGAGAGGCAGAACAGCUCAACCGAAGGAACCCAAGGCACCCAAACCACCAAAAGUACCUAAGGCACCAAAGGCACCAAAGGCACCAAAGCCUCCUAAGGACCCAAAUGCACCUAGAGCCAAACCCGGUCCUAAGCCCAAGAAGGGCACUGAUGCUCAGGCAGACGGCAAGCAGGAGAAGAUCGAUGAAAGCUUCAAGAAGGUGAAGAGGAAAAUUGACCGCUUCAAGGGAAUGUCAGAAGAGGAAGUCAUGAAAAAAACUCUACCAGACCUACUAGACUACAACCUGGACUAUGUCAUUAUCGGUAUCAAUCCAGGGCUGAUGGCAGCUUUCAUUGGACGAUGGUUUCCAGGACCUGGAAAUCAUUUUUGGAAGUGCCUGUUUCUGUCUGGAUUUACUGAGGAGCAGCUCAACCACAUGCAUGACACCACCUUGCCUGUCAAGUACAAAAUGGGCUUCACCAACAUGGUGGCCAGGGCGACGCCAGGGAGUAAAGACCUCUCAAGUAAAGAGUUACGUGAAGGAGGCAAAAUUCUCGUAGAGAAGUUAAAGAAAUAUAAGCCUCUUAUUGCUGUUUUCAAUGGAAAAUGUAUCUAUGAAAUGUUCUGCAGAGAGUUGUUUGGUAAAAAACCACAGAAGCUUGAAUUUGGUUUGCAGCCACACAAGAUCCCCGACUGUGACGUGGCUCUGUAUUUGAUGCCGUCUUCCAGCGCUCGUUGUGCUCAGUUCCCUCGUGCUCAGGACAAAGUCCACUUCUACAUCAAACUGAGGGAGCUCAGAGAUCACCUGAAGGGCGUACAAAGAAGCACUGAGAUCGAGGAGAUCGACUACACGUUUGACCUCGGUUUGGCCAAGGAGGACGCCAAAAGGAUGGCGAUUAAGGAGGAGCAGUAUGAUCCUGGUUAUGAAGAUGCCUAUGGUGGAGCAUAUGUAGAGAAAGGACCUGAAGAGGCCCAGAGCCAGACCAACGGUCACUGUACAUUCUCAUCUGGAGGAAACACAGAAGGAGCACAGGAAGCGACCACGUCACAGACAGCAGGCGGCCAGCUUCCAGACGGACAGUGGAUGACCCAGUCCUUUGCAGAUCAGAUCCCAGAUAUCAGUGGUGGACCAAAAGACGGCAGCAUAUGAGGACACAGGCUUUGACUCCUGCUGCAGUUCAGUCCUUCACCUCUUUUGUCAGGUCUUAGAUUGUUUUCCUCUUUAUUAGUGUCGGGGUGGAAUAUACACACAUAGAUGGACUUUUUAGAAAUUUUGCAGAAUAUUCUGUGUUUUAUUUCGUUUGUGACCUUGUAUUCAUGUACGAUCGUCUUCAUGGCAGUCUUUUUAAAUAUGUGAAAUCAGGGACUUGACAACGAUGCUUGACUGUCAUUGGAGGAGGUCAUGUAUUUAAACAUUGUUUUGCCUUUGUACCUUACUGUACUGUACUAUACUGCACUGUGAUGCAGUAGCUGUAAACAUUCACGUCUACUGUUUUAACAGUAGAUAAAACUCCAGAUGAUUAUUUUAUAAGCUUGUCUGAUCUGUGUGAGCCUAUAUGAUCCUCUCUGUGAAAUGAGGAUUCAGCUAAGCAUUAAUAUUUUUACAUUCAUGGUGCUAUGAACUGACCACGAUGCAAAGUGAUCACCCGGUGAAACCAGACUCAUUAUGGAUGUUAGAGGUUCCACAGGGGGAAUUUCUGUCACACCUUUCAAUACAAUGUUACAAAAAUCAAACAGGUUUUAUUUUAAACUUUGUUAUCACUUUUUUUGCUUUAGGAAUUUUAGAAUUAUGUUUUGUAUGUUUAUGGAAAUGACAUUCACAAGGAAUUUUAUGAAACAUUUGUCCAUUAAAAUGUCCUGAUGAUGCUUUUUCUAUA